AUGGCUGGCAAUAAUGCUGCCCUCAUUCUCGCCGUCUCAUGGGUCGAAACUUGCGUUGGGCUGUUAUUCUUCACACUUCGGUUUGUGAGCAACUUGAAGUUUAUGGGGCGGUUUCGAUGGGAUUUCGCCAUUGCGGGCUUGACAGUGGUGACUGAGACCACAGCUCAGGUCUUCUUGCAGCUCUCGGUCAAUGCUGGCAUGGGCCAGCAUAUGGACACUCUGUCCGACAGGAGUAUCGUUUUGGCUCUGAAAUGGUCAUGGGUAUUCCAGCUGCUUGCAAUCGCCGCGAGUAUGCUGGGGAAAUUGGCGAUUCUUGCAUUUCUAGUACAGAUUCGCGGUCGUCACGAGAAGAAGCCCUGGCUUUUGAUUGUUUUGGGGGUGCUCAUCGGAGCAGUCAACAUCACCGUUCUUGGAACGAUCCUCGGUCAAUGCCAGCCGAUGCAAAAGCUGUGGGAUGACUCCAUAGAAGGGACUUGUGACCCAGGGCGCAAGAUCAACCAGAACUACUCGUUCUUCCAGGCUAGGGCCCAAUCUUCACUCGUCAUCUGGGCAUCUACGGAAGCAUGGAUUGUCAUCGUCGUGGGCUGCAUACCUCCUAUCCGGCCUCUGAUGGACCGAAUCCUCCAACACUUCGGCCUGACCUCCAAAAAGACCCCAACGCCCUACCGAUACCGCAAUACGAGUGGAUAUGCAGCCUAUGAGACGAAUAAAUCAAACCCGGCCAGUCAUUCCAACUUCCAAUCCAGUGCUUACCGGGGAAGGACACUUGAUGACGACGACGACCCAGCAUGGAUGGAACUCACAGCGACCGAGGGACCGAAUGGAAGUAAAGAGCAUAUUGUUACAGGGUCAAAAGAGGUCGUCAUUACUACCGACAUUGAGACUCGGUUCGAGGAUGUGGACCACGUUGGGCCGUCUCAGGGGAUCAUCAAGCGAUGA